AUGCAGCAAUUUACAGGACUUAAACUUUUCGAUGCAGACGCUCUUUCAAAUUUUCCGAGAUACUGUACUGACAUCUACAUCAUAAAGCGCUUUCUUGCCGGCCGGCUCGCUGCUGGUAUGAACGGCAAGGCGCCGCCAACGGUCGGCAAGUACACUGUCGACGUGGGCGCUUUCGAGGGGUUCGCGCUUCCAGCGCUGGAGCCUCCAAAGGAGGAAAAGUUCCAGCUUCCAGAGAAUGCGCGGCUAUUCAAACUGCCUGACGGCGCGGAGAAGGUCGUUAGCCUUCUCUACGAGCCGACCGAUGAGGAGGAAGGUGCCAACAGCCGCAUACGCCUGGAGUUUGGCGAGGUAUUGAAUGUACCGCCCUCUUCUCUUCGGGAGGUACCGGAAGGGUGGAAGCCGGAAGAUGAGGAGGAGGAUGAGGAACCGGUUCCUCGUCUUUGCGUUGUAGACGAGGUUGGCAAAAUGGGUUUGCUUUCCGUUCAGUUCCCCAAGACGCUGGCUCGAGUGUUGGAGAUAGACACGGUGCUGGCGACAGGGGUGCAGAGUGCCAAGGGUCAGCGUGACCCCGAAGCUGUCGAAGACAUUAAGAAACGACCUGGCGCACGCGUUGUGAAGCUGACGCGCGGCAAUCGCGAUGCGGUUGUUGACCAGACCUACGCGUUCCUGCGCGAAAGCCUUGGACUCGGCCCCCCGGGAACGGGGAAGCCCAAGCCCCGACGAGUCGACAAGAAGAAGCAAAAGGAGGAAGAGCGACGAGCCAAAGAGCAAGCUGAGCGCGAAGCCCGCGAGCGCGAGGAGAAGGAGAGGGAGGAGGCCGCUGAAAGGGAGAAGGCGGCCAGGACUGCCUUGGAGGGUCUCGUCAGAUUUGACAGUGAUUUGGAGAGCUUGUUAGUUGGCGCUGUCGGCAUGUCUGUUUCAGAGCCGGCCUUUGAUGAAGUGCUGGGGUCCAGGAAAGAGCGACAACUCGUGUGGAACUGA